UCGCCGUCGCCAAAGGUCGGCAUGGAGGCGGCAGGUAUGACGAGCUUGUGGUUGUCGGCGGCGACGCUGGCGGCGCUGCUGUGCUGGUGGCUGGUGCGCCAGUCGCACAGCUACUGGCAACAGCGCGGCGUGGCGUGCCCGCUGCGGCCGCACCCUCUGCUGGGCCACCUGCAGAACCUCGCGCUGCUGAGAGAGUCCGCCAGGGACCUGCUACAGCGGGUCUACGACGCGGGACAGGGCAUCCCCUACGUCGGCAUGUACUUCAUGCACAAGCCCGCGCUGAUGGUGCGCGACCCCGAGCUGGUGCAGCGCGUGCUGGUGUCCGAGUUCGCGUCGUUCCCUGACCGGCACGCGCGCACGGGCCAGUUCCGCGACCCGCUGGGCCACGCCAACCUCUUCCUGAUGAGGAGCCCGCGCUGGCGCGUGCUGCGCUCCAAGCUGAGCCCCGCCUUCACCUCUGGCCACCUGCGCCGUAUGGCACCCAUUGUCGAUCGAUGCGCGGACCAGCUGCUCGGACUCCUGCAAGGCGCCGUCGACGUCCGCGAGAUCAUGGCCCGCUUCACCACCGACGUCAUCAGCAACUGCGCCUUCGGCGUGAACUCAAAUGCUUUGGGCGACCCCAAGUCUCCCUUCCGCGCCUUCGGCCGCAAGAUCUUCGAGUUUACGAGGGCCCGCGGCACAGAGAUAAACGGCAUCUUCUACACGCCAUGGCUCAGUGACAUUCUGGGCUUCAGCUUCUUCCAGUCGGAGACCAGCAAGUUCCUCAGAAACUCACUGUGGCAAGUCAUCAGAGGCAGGGAACAGAGUGGCGAGAAGAGGAGUGACUUCGUGGAGCUGCUGAUCCAGCUGAAGAACAAGGGCGUCAUCUCGCCAGCUGGGGAGGAGAAGGACGGCAGCAAUGUGGAGGGCAAGGACAAGGGAUUAUUCGACUUCGAGGGCGACGACCUGGUGGCGCAGGCGUCGGUGUUCUUCUCAGCGGGCUUCGAGACGACGGGCUCGGCGCUGACGUUCAUGAUGUACGAGCUGGCGCACAACCCGGAAGUGCAGGAGCGCCUCAGGGCGGAGGUGCUGGAGGCGCUGGCCAAGGCGCCUCGGGGGCCGCUCACCUACGACACGGUCGCCGACAUCCGCUACCUCAACAUGUGCAUCGCAGAGACGCUGCGCAAGUACCCGCCGCUGCCGCAGCUGGACCGCGAGUGCGUGCGCACGUGCGACUCGCUGGUACCCGGUCUACGCAUCGAGAAGGGCACGCCGAUCGUGGUGCCCGUCAUGGCCAUGCACUACGACCCCGAGCUCUUUCCGGAACCCGACCGCUUCGACCCGGAGAGGUUCGCUCCGGAGGUGGUCGGCAAGGGACCCAAGGGCUACUUGCCCUUCGGCGACGGACCUCGCAUCUGCAUUGGCACCCGGUUCGCUCACAUGGUGAUGCGUCUGGCACUGGUGAAGAUCAUAUCCAGCGGGGUGCAGGUGGUGCCGGCCGAGAACACGCCCACGCCACCGCUGCGCUUCAACAAGUACUCCUUCAUGACUGGAACAGUGGGCGGGAUCCCGCUCUGUUUCAAGAGCGCGCCCGACGCUGCGUAGGCACUCGAACGCCUGGACGCUAUCCGCGCGGUCCGCACUUGGGAAACUGCGUACAGAUCACCGAUGGUGGCCUGCUAUCCUUGGGCCCUCUUCAGAGGAGGUUCCUCCUCUGUAUUCUGGAUCGGACGCGCCAGGUGAUGAUCCAUUGUACGCAGGAGGGAAAGCUGGCUUAGGAUUACAGGCGGCUGGGCACUUCCCACGCAUCUGGAGUUGGAGAACUACUUACAGUCACCCGACGAUCAACCACAGCCCUCAGGUCCUCUUUGGAGGAGGUUACACUUUUGUAUUCAGGAUCCACUGUACAUAGAGAUCUGACUUCCAGGUGGUUGAAUGCAGAGCACGCGUCAAGACUUGGGGAAGUGCAUGCAGUCCACCAACGGUGACCCGUUGUCCUCGGACCACCUUUGGAGGAGCUAACCUUACUGUAUUUUGGAUCUGCCGAUCUAGGUGACGAUCCACUCUACACAUUAGGGGGAGCUAGCAAUGUGGUCGCCGUGAAUGCACAACGGCGCUUGGGGUUGGCAGAUAUCAGGUUGCUUGUGAAUAUGUUACAGCGUCGCAGAGUUUCACUGUAAUUAAGUUUACGGCUGAUGGACGAAUUCACUUCGCAAAUACAGUGUCCUUAGGCAUGCCUAUGCUGAUAACAACUGUAUUUAGUCAAUAAUAUGGAUAAUGUGUAGUGGUUUAGUAGGUGAAUAUUUAGCACACAUUAAUUCAUAGAACUAUCGACGUAAUAGUUAUGUACUGAAUAGCUUAACUGCACCAAAAUUCGGUAGAUGUUAGAUCUUCAGAUGCUUCGAAUUUGUGCUUGGUGGUGGGCACAACAGCAUCACUUUAAUCAUACAAAGAAUCUGCACUUCAAACUUACUUGUCAGUUUCGAAGCAUAUAGCCAUUAGUAGGAUCGCAAAUAUGAAGUAUAAAGAGUGAGAAAUAAAAGUUUUAUACUAGGUACACAUACUUAAUAUAGUCUAAAGUCACUAAAUAACAAGUAUACACUUGUUAUACUCGUAAAUGCUUUGUUGACGCGGUCCGAGCAUGGGCAAUCUCAACGAUAUCAGGAUCAAACUUCGUACAACGUAUCGUGUCAAGUGCUGAUGCUACUUUGUUAGUAGCUUCAUCACUUUACACGAUACUUUGAACAAUGUUUGUUUCUGUUUCUGUCAAAAAAGCAUUUAUACUCGUAACAAGUGGAUAUUUGUUAUUUAGCGAAACGAGACAAUCUUAAAGGGAUGCUGUGCCUCCUUCGCGACAUUGUGUCUCAAUUUAAACCAAUUUCCGUUCUUUUAAGUCCUAAUGCUCUGUUUCGAUGCCGCAAUCGAAGGGCUGUUUCAACAGUUCACCUCUGGCAGGACUGAUGAUUUUGUUAACCGCCAAUGACCUUUCGCUGUAGUCCUCCAGCCAGCGGAGGCCAAGAUCUUAGUGAGAUUGUGUAGUCAGGGAAGGGAAGCGUGGAGACUGAGUUGCAACCGCUGACGAGCCAUAGGCCCCCCUCUGGGCGUCAUGGAGGUUGAUAUCUCUUUCUCGCCGCUAAUUCCUCCACCAUUGCACGUUUCACCGUCCGUUAUAUGGGAAGAGAAUGAUUCUAACCGUCGGAUAUCUGUCAGCACUUGCCAUUUCAUGUGAU